UUUCGUUCCUUUCCUUGUUUUUUUUUUUCUUGUUUUUCUCCUUUUGCCUUUUUUUUUUUUUUUUUUUGGUCGCAUGUUCACCAAAAUGACACCCAAAGGAUUUGCCUUUGGUCUGCUUCUGCUGCUACUCUGCGUGAAUUAUCACGUCCAGAUGGCACAAGCAGCCAAUGCCUGUGACAUUGGCGGCGUGUGCACUUGCUCGGGAACUCAGGUCAGAUGCGAUGACAGAUCCCUCACAUUCAUUCCAAGCGGAAUCCCAAAUGAUACAACAAUCCUGUCCCUGAACGGCAACCAGAUCACCAACAUUUCCGCACACACGUUCACAGGUCUGACUGCGCUGACCUUUUUGCACUUGGGCGCAAACCAGAUCACCAGCAUUCCCGUCGGUGCAUUCACCGGCCUGACUGUGCUGCGAGCAUUGUUUCUGUCCGACAAUCAGAUCACCAGCAUUCCCGCCGAUGCAUUCACAGGCUUAACUGCGCUGGUUUCUUUGUAUCUGUACAACAAUCAGAUCACUAGCAUUCCCUCCGCUGCAUUCAAAGACCUAUCUGUGGUUGGGGUAUUGGCUUUGAACAACAAUCCUUUCACCACUUUGCCACCUGGUCUGUUUCAGGGCCUGCCAAAUGGCUUGUGGUUGUCGUGUGAUGAGUACUCAUGCGUGGGACCGCUGCGACCCAACAACUUUGCGUUUGGUGCUAACACUGCCGCUCCGCCCAGCACUUACGGCAGCGCAUCUACGCCAAACCAGUGCGAUACAGCUUGUGCCACCUGCUAUGGCUAUGGAUCCAGUUCGUGUUGCGAGCUCAAUUGUCUGACCUGCAGUUCAUCCGAUCUCUGCACUCAGUGUUAUGAAGGCUUUGUUCUGAUGGAUGGGUCUUGCGUUUCGCUUGCUUCUGCGGCCUCAGCCUCAAUUGCCUCCAUUGCCUCACAGGCAUCUGCAUCGGCCGCAAGUGCUUCAUCUGUGUGGCUCACAUCUGCUGCAUCCGUUGCAUCUGCUGCGUCCGCAUCUGCCGCAUCUGCCGCCUCUGCUGCGUCUAAUGAGUCGAGCGGUGCAUCUUCUGGGCCUAUUAUUGGCGGAGUGAUUGGUGGCGUGUUUGCCCUGCUCCUGUUGGUUGCGCUGGUCGUGGCCCUUCGGCGUCGUCGCGCGCUCGUGUCUUCACCGACCACGUACGCGACGCUCGAUGAGGGACCUUCAGGAAUGUCGAUGACGAGUAAAUCGCAAGUUUGAGUGUCCGUCGCUGUUGUGCUGCUCGAGUUGGGUUUUUCUUUCUUUGUUGUCAUUCGCAUGCAUCCCUUGUUGUUCUCGAGCUAGUUCUAUGUCAUUCGCAUGCAUCCCUUGUU